AUGGAUGAUUUGAGCCCCAUAGCUAACUUCCCCACGGGAUGGCGAGAUCAUUCCAGAUCUCCACCCAAGCAAGCUUUCCGCAGCGACUCUCAGCACCGGGACGACGAGGACUACGACAAUGAACACUUAAAACGAGGUGGUGCAUCUCGAGAUGCGCGCUACAACCCUCACGAUGAACAUGACUACCGAGGCAUGUACGAUGAUGGCUACGUCGACGAAAGCGACCAAGGAAGACGGCGUUAUGAAGAAGACAAACAUCUAAGUAGCAGAGGGAGAUAUCGCGACAGCGAUGACCCACGGACCCAAUCUCCAUCCGGAGGCUACCAGAACAACCGCCGUUCCAACAGCCCGACACGAGAGGCAGGCAAGCCCAGCGAUACUGUCAUUCUCGAAGGCCUGCCAUUCAGUAUAUCGUCGAAUGAGCUUCGAGACAGUAUUCUGAGCAACACCGUUGCCGCCGAGUUCCCGUCGAUAGACGUGCGCGUUUCCGCUUCCAAGGGAAAUCGCAGAGCGUUUGUGCAGUUUCAGGAAAUUGAUCAUGCUGUUACUUUCAUGAGAGAGCAUUAUCCAAAGCUUCUUGUCGAGAUGACGCACUCCACUGAUGAUGUCCCAGAAGGGAAAUUUGACGCAUACAUCCACUACGCUCGAAGCCGAGAUUCGCGUGAUGCGACUGAUGUCCGUGGCAUCCCAGGUGCUGAUUGGACUUGUCCCACUUGUGACUUUUCCAACUUCUCUACCCGUAUUAAAUGCAAGAUUUGUGGUGGCCCCCAAGCUGCUCCAGCAUGGCAACUGAACCUCACCGGCAUGGCAGAUGCCUCGGACGUACCUGCACAAAUCCUUGUCGUUUAUCCUCUUGCAUCGUUCGUGACGGAGGAUAUGCUUGCGAACGAUAUGAAGCGUUUGGAGCUUGUGAAGCCAGAGAAAGACAAGGACGCCUCAAACGGGGGGCCAAAGUUGAAGUCUACAGCGCCGACCGGUGACACAACAGGCUACGGCGCCAGGCCCGGGUCCCUGCAUCGAGUCUUUCUCAUGCGUGAUACCAGCACUGAUGAAUCGUUCAAGUACGGAUUUGCCGAGUUUUGGACUGUGGAAGAUGCGACUGCUGCCAUGACCAAAUUUCAGAAGUCUAGGUCGUUCACUGUUGCUGCCUGCCCAGUGACGGUAGCAAGCACUCAUAUGGGUGUUUUCCUGCCCGAAGAGCGAGAGGUUGUUCCAACCAUCGAACACAUGUCGUUCAAUCCUCUCUUCAACCCGAGCCUCCGUGUUCGCUACAGAGAUUACCACGUCUAUCCCAGUCAGCAGAUUGUCGCCGAGCAGCCCCCAGAGGGUGACAGGCUCUCGAAAGCACGUGAAGAGGAGGAGAACGACAAGAAGUCGAAGAAACGUAAAGCAGAAGGGAACCUGGCCGCCUCGUCCACAAAGAAGUCUGCGCCUGUGAUGGCAGGCCGUAUGGCUAUGUGGCAGCAGAAGAGUAAUGAGCUUCGCGAGGAGAAGGAGGCCAGACCAGUGAAAUCAUCGAGACCAGGCAAGGCUGAGUUUAGCGAUGUGAACCGAACGCCACUGCGCAUAAAUCUCUCGGGAUCGAGCACAGACGUAGCCAAGCCUCAGAGCGCCAUUAAGAUCUCUAUCACUGGGACAGCGAAGCUUGAUACUCCUGAGCUUGCAGCUCCUGACAAGCAGGCUUCACCCGAGGAAGCUGGUACGCCUGGUACUUCUACACAGCCAGCAUCGAUUUCAGAGGAACCUCCCGUCUCCUACGUUGACCGCGAUCGACUGAUGUGUUUGAUUUGCAUGCGCAAGUAUAAGUCUAUAGAUGAAGUCAACAUCCACGAAAGAUCACGGAACCACAAGAACGCGACGGAAAAUGAGGAGCAAGUCAAAGCUGCAUUACCCAGACUUGCAGCGCGCGACAAGAGACUUCAGAAACAUUCUCAGGAGAACCCUAACUCCGCAUCCGCAACUUCGCAAUAUCGUGACCGUGCCAAAGAGAGGCGAGCUGUUUAUAACCAACCCACCAAACCCACAACCGCACCGCAAGGGAAACCCAAAUCUGCCCCCAAGGUUGAAGAUGCGGCGCCGGCUCCGAAGCCUGCCCAGUCCAAGGGAGCAGGGAUGCUGGCUAAGAUGGGCUGGUCUACCGGCGCAGGCCUAGGAGCCAAUGGAGAUGGGCGAACUGAAGUCAUCGAGACAAACGCUUACCAAGAAGGUGUUGGACUGGGUGCGGAGGGUGGUAAUUUGGGUGAUGCGGCCCAGCUGGCUGAACGCAAGACAAAGAAUACUUACGCCGAUUACGUGAAUACCGUGCAAGACAAAGCACGGGAACGGUACAAUAAGUUAGGCUAG